AUGCUGUUCGCCACAUACGUUGAAGGAUGGGGUGAUCGUUUACGAGGUAUAAUGUCAACAUUUAUGAUGUCUCUAAUGUUAGAUCGUGAUUUUCGAAUAGAAAUUACUCAUCCAUGUAAUCUUACACGAGUAUUAAAACCAAAUUUUUAUAAUUGGUUAAGACCAUUAAAUGUUCUUCGUCGUGAUCCAAUUACUCAUAAAAGUCAUAAAUUAACGCUUAAAGCCAUAAUGACAACAGACAAUAUUAAAAAAUCUUAUUUGAAAAAUGUAUCUAAAAUUAUUCAAAACUCAACAAUUAAUCAAAUAUGGUCAGAAGAUAUUAUUUACAUGUCUACAAAUAAAAAUUAUUUUCAUGAGAUGUCAGAAAAUUUACGAUAUCGUAAAAAGUUUAAAACUUAUGGAAUUUUAACAAAAUAUGAUAUUAAAUUAGAAACAUUAUUUCCAUUGUUUUAUGAACUUUUGUUUCAACCAGUAGAACGUGUUAAACAACAAAUUGAACAAUAUAUAAAUAUGAGAAAAAAUAGAACGUUAAUAUGUGCACAAUUAAGAAAAGGUCAAAAUCCGACAUUAGUCAAUGAUAAGGUAUUACUUGGUCGACGAAAUAUAACCGAAAUAAUAUUUAAUUUUAUUGAUAAUUAUAUAAAAACUAAUGAUACGAUAAUUGAUUAUAAGAUAUUUGUAACUACUGAUAGUGAUGCUGUACAAAAAGAAGCUAAACGUCGUUAUACUCAUCAUUUAAUUCAUACUCAAGGUACAAUAACGCAUUUAGAUCGUUCGAAUACAGAUGAAGCAUGUCGUGAACAAGAUAAAUUAUUAGUCGAUUUUCAUUUAUUAGGUGAAUGUGAUUUAUCCAUAAUAUCGAAUUCUGGCUUCGGUAUAUGGGGUAAUUUAAGACGUUAUCAACCGUACAAAAAUUUGUAUGUAUUUUGUGAUGGUGAAAUAUUUCCUAUUCCAUCAUUAUGGCAUUUUUAUCAAAUGCGUAAACAAAAAAAUUUUGGUGAAUUAUGUUGA